ACCCAUGAAUGCUUCUCUUCUUCCAUCGCGACACCCUUGAAUGCGCUCUUUGACGCCCUCUGCGCAUCCUUGAUUACUGCCCACCAUGCUCGCCAUCAAACUCCUUCUCGCCUUCCUCCUUCCCCUCGUCGCCGCGCUGAAGUUCGACAUCCAAGCACACCCCGGCCACGAGUCCAAGGAAAAGGAGCGAUGCAUUCGCAACUGGGUGCAACGGGAUCAAUUGGUCGUCGUCACGGCUAAAGUGAGCGGCUCAAAAGGCGACGGCCAGCAACUGAACGCAAGAAUCCUCGACCACACAGACAACUACUACGGCCGACCACGCGACAUCAACGGCGAGAAUCGCUACGCCUUCACCUCUCACGCCGAAGGCCCCUUUGACGUCUGCUUCGAGAACAUCCUCGUCGGCUCGCACCUCCGCGACCCCUACCGCAGCAUCGAGCUCGACAUCGACAUUGGCGCCGAUGCGAAAGACUGGACCGCCGUUCAGGCCAAUGAGAAGCUGAAGCCAAUGGAGGCGGAGCUGCGGCGCCUUGCGGAAAUUGCGUCCGAGGUGUCGGAGGAGUUGGAGUAUCUGCGCACACGAGAGAUGAAGCUGCGAGACACGAAUGAGAGCACCAACGAGCGGGUCAAGUGGUUUGCCUUGGGCACAAUGGGCAUGCUCGUUUCGCUUGGAGUGUGGCAGGUGGUGUAUCUCCGGGCCUACUUCAGGAGCAAGCAUUUGAUUUGAGCAAGGCCCGAGGCUGAGCUGGUCUCUGGAGCCUGUGGGAAAAGUGUUUGGGAGAUGCGCACAGCAUGUUUGGCGUUUACAGCGGAAGCGAUGUCAGAGAUAGACGAAGACGACGAAUGUGGUCACGGAUGAAGCAUGCUUUGGACAGCACAGCAUACAUACAGCCAAGCAGCAUCGAAGCUCGCUCAAACACUGCGCGUUUCUCUUCAGUGUCGCUCAAGGAGACUUGAACGUGUUAUUGAGAGACAUCAAGACGAUCCGUGGACACAUAGGCAAGUAAAGAAGAGGCAAUGUUGAUUAGGUCAUUAUGAACGGUAGGUGCGCAUCAAUAGGGAACUCUUU